AUGUCUGGUCUUAAGCGCGACUGGAAUGGGAACACGAAACGACGCGACGGUCCGAAACCCGCCGCAAAGCCGGUUGUGCGAAAUGCCUACACGCCCAUGUUUGAGAGCCUCCGCGAGGAGCUCGACCAACAUCAUGAUCGUCGAGAGCGCAUCGUCAAAGCAUCGCGGGACAUCACGGCGUUGAGUAAGAAGAUUAUCUUCUCGUUACAGCGGGUUCGAAAGAUUGAGAGCCAACUCCCAAACAACAUCCAGUCCGAGGUCGACUCCCGGCUAGCCGACAUAUCAAAACUUCUAGCAUCCAUUGCGCCUGAGAUCCAAGGAAUCAAUCGCUACCGGUAUUCUAGGUCUCUAAUGUGCCUCGAAGAGCUUGUGGAAGCCCUCACCUUCGCGCACUACCUUCGCACUCAGACCCUCAUCGGCCACGCGGAACUGGACCCGACAAUUGAAGAUCUCACCAAGAAAGGGGCCGUGAUUUCCGAGGACGAGCCCAUGGCCGAUGCCGGUGACCCGGCAGGUAACGCUGAAAAGGACGAACCCCCGGCUGUCAAUGUACCGACCGUCACUCUUACGCAGGACGACUACCUCUACGGUGUGUUCGAUCUGACUGGGGAGAUGAUGCGCUUUGCGACCACUUCCACCGCACUAACCGGCAAGAUGGCCAGUGGUCAAACCGGUAAAGAUGGUGGUGAUGACGAGCCGCGAACCAUUGUCCAAGAUAUGCAUGAAUUAGGCACGUUCUUCGAGAUGCUACCCGUUGGGCCCGGGAACAAGUUCCAGUGGGAGAAGAAGCUGGAAGUCACGCGGCAAUCAGUACAGAAAGUUGAGCGAUUGGGCUAUGAUCGGGUUAUUAGGGGAAGCGAGCGCCCCAAGGGCUGGAUCCCAGACCUGAGCUCUGGUGAUCCGGGGCAAGGAGAAGAGGAGUGA